AUGAAGCACAUUAAUAAUGUAUUUAUUGUGGUUUAAUAAAAAGCUUAUUAUAUAUUUAGAUGGACCAACCUAUUUCUCUAAGGAUUCUAAGAAUCAUUCUAGUGAUGACACGUGGCUACAAAAAAAUGUUGCAAUGCUUCUCAAAUAAUAUAUAGGGGAUUCCAAUAUUUUUCUAUAUGCAGAAACAUCGUCCGGGAUAACUCAUAAGAGAAAACGAGGACGUCCACCCGGUUCCCGUACAAAAUCAAGAGCUCUUGCAAUAAACGAGCCGCCAACAUUCAAACCAAAAUAUCAUGACUGUAAGUUUGUAUAUAUAUUAUAAUAACAUACUUUGAUCGAUACUUAUUUACACAGCUAAAUGGGUUUCAAAAUCAGGUGGCUGUCAUAAGUGUGACUCUUAUGGUACGAAAUAUUACUCCAACAUCUAUUUUCUACGUAAUACUCUUUUAUACCUAAUUAUUUUUAAAUAUAUUAGUUAAGCAAAAAAAUGCACGUAACAUGAGAAGGGCCAUCUUACUAUCAAAACGAGCUUCAACCACAUCUCAAGAUGCUCCAACGCAACCAUAUGGCGUGCGCCACGGUAGAAACAAGAAAAAAGAUAAAGGUUCAACUUCGCAAACUGAUGAAAACCCAAUCGUAGCAUGCGGAAAAUGUGGUGCAUUAAUGUGGCUUUCGGAAAGCACUGGUACAGACUUUAAGACAGGAGAACCAACGUUCACAAUUUGUUGUAACCAUGGCCAGAUCAGACUUCCGCCGAUCAAUCAACCCCCAGCGCUGUUACAGGAACUUCUACAAACUAGAUGGUUUCGAGAUACUAUCAGAGUCUAUAAUUCUGUAUUGGCUUUUACAUCCGUUGGAAUGAAGAUGGACCAUAGUGUGGUAAAUGCGCCAGGCCCUUACACUAUACGGAUUCAGGGUCAAACCCAUCAUAGAAUUGGCUCGCUCAUACCACAACAAGGCCAUCUCCCAGAAUUUCUACAGCUUUAUAUAUUUGAUACGCGCAAUGAAGUCAGAAAUCGGCUGAAUGCGAUGGGGCAAACCUCAGCAGAAGGUAAUCUCGAUGAGGCAACCUUGCAAUGCCUCAUCGAGAUGAUUGACGAGAAUAACUGUUUGGCUAAGGUUUUUCGACGGGCACGUGACUAUUACGAAAGCGUCGGCAAAGAGUUUAGGAUUAAGUUGCUACCAGAUAAAGGAAAAGGGAGAGAAUACGAUCUUCCGGUUGCAGACGAGGUCGCAGGCCUUAUUGUAGGGGAUAUGUUGUCAACAAUUGAUAUCAUGCAUAUUUCCAUUGUUUUAUCCAUCCAUCCAUAUGCAUUUUGAUCAUAUAGAUUAGGAUUUAGUCAUGUUUAGGUUGCAUUUUGCAUACAUGAGUCCU